AUGAAUGGGGACUAUGCAAUUGAUGAAGACAUAGAAUCUGUAAUUUAAAUGAUUGGCAGACCCAUUAAUGAGCGACUAAGCUUAGUAAAUCUAUUGAAACUGAGAGUACUUGAUCUGAAAGAUGUUAGUACCGGUUUUCUACAUCAAUUUCCAAGACUAUAGCAUUUUUCAUUUAAAAACUAAGUGAGUAAAGAAGAAUUCAUAAUUCUUUUGCAUUCACUGAACUAAUCUUAAUUGAAAGAAAUAGAGUUUAACUAUUUUAGAUCCUAUGAUGAAAUAGAUUAGACUUUGGAAGAUGAUCUCGAGAUACAGAUUCUGUUUAAAAUUCAAGAUUUCAAUAAAUUAGAGAGCAUAUCAUGCAACUUUAUUGAACCGUAUGAAAUAAGUGAUGGGAAAGUUUAUUCAGUUACAAAUGAUAUUAAGAAAUUCUUUGCUUUGGAUCUACCUAACCUUAAAAAUUUGGAAUUAAACUUCAUUCCUUCAAAUUAGUUUGAAAAUUUAUUGGAAUAGUUUUCAAAAAACAAGCCAGUAUAAUAAUAAAGAUAGCGCAGAAUUAGAAGAAAUAGAAUGAAUAAUUUACAAUCAGUCAUGGAUUCAAAAAUAUACAAGUACAUAAGAUUAGAAGUGAAUUAAGAAUAAAGAUCUUUAGAGGCUUAAUAAAAGGAUAUAUUCGUUGAUUUUAAAAAGGUGCUUAAGUAUUUGAAUUAAACAAAGUUGCCUAAAACACUAGCUAUAAAAGGCAUUGAAGUAUUGAUUAAUGAUGAAAUCAUUGAAGAUUUAGCAUAAAUUGACAAUCAUCUGAUUAAAUACACAACGAAUAAGCAGGAUUUUAAAACUCUUUAUGAUUACAUGAAGUAGAUAUAGUUUAGAUUUUGA